UUCUCCGCCACCACCUGCAAAUCCUUACUGCCUCUCUGCAACUCUACUGUUUCUACUCUCCACAAACCACAAUGUCCGCUUCAGCAUUCAAUCCCUUCAAGUCGAAGAAGAUCGCAAAGUCAAGCUCGAAGGUAGAUCAAACCAAAGCUCCAGAUCACGAUCCAUGGAGCUCCAAAACCCCCGAGAAGCCCGCCCUCCCCCGCGCCGAGGUCGAAAUGGCUCCGUCGCACUCUCCAUUAAAGAAGUGAAACAAAUGGCCACUACCCUCACAAAGUCAGCUGCAGUCCAAUCCGCUCGAACCGCUCCGGUGGGAUCUGCUCGGACCGCAUCGGUGGAUCCUGUUGCGUCGCCUUCGAGACAGAAGAAUGUGAACCGCUCUAUGAAGCUACCAGAAAAGUAUGAGAUGUUGGCUCAAUUUUUUGAUAGCUUGGAUAGCUCAAUUCGGUUGCUGCGAUUGAAGGGUUCAAUGUCGACAUUUACGAAUAUAUGCCCGAAAAUUGAGUGUUUAACCGAUAGGAGAUUCUCACAUGGCAACUUAGCUCAAUUGAAGUACAUUUUGCCUGAGGCUAUCGUGAUAAAGAAGGUUCUGAUGCUUGAUGAGCGAACCAGUUGUAUGAAACCAGAUCUCCUUAUUACACUGGAUGUUGAUGGGAUAGAGAACUCAAAAUUAGAAAGUGGAAAUUCUCAUUUGAGGAAAAUAUUUCGAGCACGGCUUUUGGAUUUUGCUAAAGCCCAUCCCGAGGGAGAUGAAAUUCCAGAGGAAACACUUCCAGAGCCAUUCAGUCAGUCAAAGCAAGAUCUUCAUUCAAACAUGAUCAAAGAUUCCUACUCUUCGUUGCCAGCGGAGACAUCUUGUGAUGUGCUAAUGGAACAGCCACAAGCAGUAGCAUCCCAUUUGUCUCGAUGCUUCCAGAGGCGCUUUUCACAGAAAAUUUCAGGUGAAGCAGAGAACAGUAAUAAAAAGCCAGCAAACUUUUCUCUCCAACUUUCAGAUCUUCCAGUUCAUGAUCCAUACCUUAACAAAAGUUCCUCCAAUGAGGAAGUUGUUGCUACUGUUGCGCCAUCCCCUGUUAAAUCUUCAUCUCCGGCUCAUUUACCAUUGUCUCACCCACCUGCAACUCCAUUGAAAAAGACAGAUUCUACAGACAAUCAAGAUUUUUGUUCCAUGAAAACCCCUGACAUUCAAGUGACCCCUGCCAAACUUGCUUUUAGUCCAGCCAGGUUGAUGACAAUGACACCUUCAUUGCAGCCACCAAAGAGAUGUCUUAUGAGUCCGCAUGAUGAUUCCAGCAAUUCACCAAACAAGUUAGUUAGACGUCCAGCCCGUUCCAGGUCAUUGAAAUUUGACACUCCUGUGAAGGGUGCGGAGAUUAAGGAAGAAGUAAACGAGAAAGGGAGCUUGUCAGUUGAUAACGAUAUUCUUGACAUUCUUCCUGAGAAUCUUCUGGAAUCGAUAAGGGAGAAAGAGAGAAAGGCAAUAGAAGAGCAGGAUCCAGCCAUCUCACAAGCAAAGAGGAGGCGAGAGAUGAUCGUUGGUCUACCUAAGCUCUUCAACAUGAUUCAUUUCUUAUUUCAGUCAAUCAAUCGCUCCAUUAUCACAAAAGAGGAGCUUAUGCACAAGAUACUUGCAAGCCAUUGUGAUAUUGUUGAUAGAAGAGAAGUUGAAGAACAGCUUAAGUUGCUACAAGAACUAGUUCCAGAAUGGAUUUCUGAGAAAUUGGCAUCUAGUGGGGACUUGCUAUUAUGCAUCAAGAAGACAUCAAGUCCUGAGUCGAUUCGACAAAGACUAAUGGAAGCAAAGUGAAAGAAGUCUCGAGUAAAAUUCAGCUGUUGCAAAUUAGUGCUUGAAACAUAUGGACGGUUCACAAGCUCCCUCUGUACAUUGUGCCAUUUGUAGAUAUUUAUUUUAUUCCUUGCCUCAUCCAACAUUCAAUUCGUGUUCCGUCUUUUUGUAUCUUUUUUCCUUUUCUCUACUGUACAACUCUUCUAGUUGACUGUUCUUGACAUUCUGGUGGCAAGAUCCAACUAGAAGAGCUCCAAUUCCAGUCAAUUUGAGCAGCAUCAAGUAUACAAUUAUGUAAGCUCAUUGAAUUUAUAAUACCAUUAAACGAUUCGAAUUGAAGCUGUGACUAUGCUUUUUGAAUGA